AUGUGGCCAAUAGGACCUGGUGAAGAGUUGUUAGUCUGGUACAGUGGGGAAGACAACCCCGAGAUAACAGCUGCAUUGGAGGAAGAAAAGGCCAGCAGUUUGUGCAAGAAAAACUCACCCAGGGCGAAACGAGCUCGAGGAAAGUUAGUGGUGCGAGCCAGACAGACUGGUUGGGGUGGAUUCCGAGGACCCAAGCGAACAGGAGGAACUCAGUCUGCCACCACUGACAUGUGGGACACAGAGGAUGGUCCAAAUGAGGAGGAGAGGCAGUCAUCUCCAGGACCCUCCCAGGAGGCUGUGGAGCCCUCGCCCAAGCCGUCUCCAGACUCCUCUCUGUCUCAGGUCCAGGCUUUCACAAUGGAAGAGAAGCAGGAAGUUGAACAGGAUGAGGGUCCAGGGGAGCCUCAGCAGCCUGUAGCCGUGGCUGAGCCAGAGGAGAGCCUGGAGCUGCCUGACCUGACACAAAGCCAUAGCACCCCCCCUCAGGAGGAAGAGGAGGAGGAAGAGGAGGAGGAGGAAGGGGGGAUGACUGGGGUCCCUCCCCCUCAGUGUAACACAAAGACAGCCCCCUUCUCUGUAACGAGACCUGAACCAAAGGCAGACCCUGACCCCGACCUUGACCUUGAGGGUGAUGCCCAGGAUGAGGCGCACCCCUGUCAGCACUGCGAGCGCCACUUCUCCACCAAACAGGGCCUCGAGCGCCAUAUCCACAUCCACGCCACUGUGAACCAGCAAACGCACGCCUUCAAAUGCCGCUAUUGUGGAAAGUCAUUCGGCUCCCAGGUUGGACGAAGGCGGCACGAGCGCCGACAUGAGAACGUGUCAAAGAAGAGGCCCGGCUCUCUAGCCGGCACCGCUACCCUGCUCAGUCCCAGAGCCCAGGUCGACGGUUCGAGUCCUGACCGCGUCACAGCUUCGGGCCACCACGUGGUCGCGCGGUCUCCUUUUCAAAUCCCAGCCACGCCUUUGCCGAACUCUGAGAUGGUUAGGAAGGAUUCAGUCGAUGGAGACCGGCCCUUCAUCGUGGACGAGAACGGAGAAUCGAAAGAGCUUCAUCCCUGUAAGUACUGUAACAAAGCCUUUGGCACUCACACCAACAUGCGCAGGCACCAGCGCAGGAUCCACGAGCGCCACUUACUGCCCAAGGGCGUCCGCAGGAAAGGCAUGCUCCUGCAGGAGAGCCCCACCCCGCCCCAGCAGCCUGAUGAGUCCCCCAGCACCAGCCCGCCGCUCGUCUACGUCCCCAGUGCCGACACCGAGGACGAGGCGGACCGGGACGACUACGUCGUCGACAUUUCCAAAAACAUCUCGGAGAACCUCAGCCUGUACAUCGAUGGUAAGAUCCUGUCCACCAGCUCAGUCAGUAGCUGUGACGUGAUCGAGGUGGACUCCAGUUCCGCCGCAUUGUUCGGUCUGGACACGGUGAUCCUCAGCCCCAGUGACAUCUGUCAGGCCCUUAAAGUGGACACCAGAACUGGCUCGGUUCGCCAGGUCUCCAACUUCAUUGGCCAGUCCACCUCGAAACGGAGGACGUCCACACCCCCUCUCAUGCCCGGGAUGAAAAUGGAGACCGAUACUGGGAACUCCUCCACCUCCUCUUCCUGUUCCACCUCUUCCUCUUCCACCCUGUUGAUGGGAGGUCUGUUCCAGAAGGAGAAAACCAUCUACCUGUCCCCUAAGCUCAAACAGCUCCUCCAGACCCAGGACAGCCAUAAACCCACCAUCACCCUGAUAACAGACAGCCACACUGCCCCGGUGUCGGUCACAUCCUUGCCCGGAGGCUCGGGGAGAUUCAAGAGGAGAACGGCCUCCCCUCCCUCGUCUCCUCACCUCAGCCCCGCUCUCAAAGGCGAGAGUGCAAGGAGCGAGGCGGGAUCUGGGUCUGGGAGCUCCUACACCCUCAAGGUGCCAAAGCUGGAAAACCUCAACCUGUCCACUGCCUGGAGUCUCACCAGCAAAGAUGACAGGGAAACUAUGAGCCCCUCAGGGAAGGACACCCGUGGCUGGCCUGCAUCGAGCAGUAGUGGGGGGAACUCGUGUAAUCAGCAGCCUCUAGACUUGUCCAGCUCUGUCGGAAGGAGAAAUGAGAGCUCUAACAAGGCAUCGGGGGAAUCGGUGCUGGAUCUGAGCAUACACCGCAAGAGUGGAGCCGCAGAACUGGAAUCAAAGGGCAUCCCAACGGCAAUUCAGCCUCCGGCCAAGAAAAAGAAGCCCAACACCAGCAUGCUGGAGAAGGUUCUGAUGAGUGAGUAUGGCGGGCUAACAACCUCUGCAGACGAUGGAUCCUUAAACCUGGGAAGCCCAGAUUCACAGUACACUGCUGGUAGUGGCACAGGCACCUGUUCUCAUAGUACCUCACCCAACAUUGUGUCCGACUCGGCCAACCCCUCUCCUCCAUCCUUGACUCCAGUCACCAUGAACCCCUCCUCGCCCAGCACCAGCCUGACAUGUCCCACACCACCUCCCCCGGUCCUGCCCACCAUCCCCUCACCACAAGGCAUGCCCAGCUCCCCUCACUCUCAGCCCUCCGACUGCUCCACGUUCAGAUCUCUUCCGGUCCUGUCGCCUAAAAUGUCGCCCACGUCCGUCGACCAUGGGGACGAAGAGCCGUCAUCUAAGCCUGUGUCCGACACAGAGGAGACAUCGUUAGGGGAAGAUCCCUGCGAGGACGAGCUCAUGGCCCAGUCACCCGACCCCACCCCUGACCCAGUCAGAGAUCUCCGCAACGGACAGUCCAAGCCCAGUCCUCGAGAGGCCAUCUCUCUGGACCUGUCCACGACAGAGCCUGGGGUGGCCAUGAGGACUCGAAACGGCAGCAGUUUGCUGAAUGGAAAAGUCAAUAAAGACACAGCAUCAGUAGCAGAGACUAAAUCCCAGCACUCUGACCUUUCUGUGUUGUCAGAGUCCCUGUCUGGCCCCUCAGCCUCUCCCCCUGCUCUGUCAGACCGCCCAUCGCCCCCCGUGAUCAAGAAGGAGCCCCGCCACGCCGACACGGCCCACGGCGCCCUGCCUCCGGUCGGCAAACCGACGGAGGUUGAGGAGCAGGAGGACGGCGGCGGUGACGCCUUCAGCAAGAGCUUCGUCUGCAACGUGUGCGACGGGCCUUUCCGCUCCAUCAAGGAGCUGAGUCGGCACAUCGUGGCGCACGCUGCCGACUGGCCGUACAAGUGCGAGUUCUGCGUCCAGCUGUUUGGGGACGCGGCCGCCUUGCUCGAGCACCGCACGGCCCUGCACGGCGUGGGCCGCAUCUUCGUCUGUUCGGCCUGCCGCAAGGAGUUCGCCUUCCUCUGCAACCUCCAGCAACACCAGACCGACCUGCACCCCAACCAGGAGUGCACGCACGCGGCCGUGGAGAGCGGCAAGCUGAGGCCCCAGAACUACACGGACCCUGGCAAGGCCACGGAGGAGAGCUCCGCGGACGUGCCCACGCCAGAGUCCUCGGAACAAGCCCAGUCCCAGGGGAUGGACAUCGUGGCGGAGGAAGAGCCAAGCGUGAACGGGAAGCACGGGGACGAGGGUGGCGACGACCCAACCGAGGAGCUCUACACCACCAUCAAGAUCAUGGCCUCGGAGGGGGGCAAGCCCAAAGGCCCCGACGUACGUCUGGGCAUCAAUCAGCACUAUCCCAGCUUCAAGCCUCCGCCCUUCCCCUACCACAACCGCACGCACGCCACCUCGGUGGCCUCGGCCACCAACUUCACCACUCACAACAUCCCCCAGACCUUCAGCACGGCCAUCCGCUGCACUAAGUGCGGCAACAGCUUUGACAACAUGCCCGAGCUGCACAAGCACAUCCUGGCCUGUGCCAACGCCAGUGACAAGAGGCGUUACACUCCCAAGAAGAACCCCAUCCCCCUCCGGCAGAUCGUCAAGCCUCAGAACGGAGUCCUGUCGCCAGCCGCCACCGCCGCAGUCGCCGGCAGCAUUGGGCAGAAUGCCUUCCGCAGGAUGGGGCAGCCUAAGAGGCUGAACUUUAACCAGGAGGCCACGGGCAAAACCAGGAUGACUUCCCUUAGCAAGAAGAAGAACCAGCUGGUCCAAAAGGCCAUCACUCAGAGGAACAAAUCCGCUGCCUCGGUCAGGAAAACCUUCGUCAAAGUGGAGGAGGAGGAGGAAGAGCCACAGCCGGCGCCACCGCAGCAGGAAGUUCAUGUCUGCCCUCACUGCAGCCGGGAGUUUACUUACCCUGCCAGCCUUAGCAAGCACAUAGCAGUCAGCUGCCCCAUGAAGCCUGCUGCCAAAAAGGGCAAGAGGGGGGCUGCGGAGGCCAAGAGAGCCGGGGCCGACGCAGCAUCAGACAAAAACAUGAGCCUUCGUAGGAGAGCCACAGACACUGAGCUCCAGCAGCCCGAGCCCGGGUCCAAACCCCUGAGGAAGACCCGGGCUCGCAGCUCGGGGGCCCCGGAAGCCGAGCCCCCCCAGGCCACCAAAGGGAAAGCCGCAGGGCGUCCCAAGAGGCCAGCUUCUUUCCCAGCUGCUGUGGUUCCGCCCGGGAAGAAGGGUAGAAAGGGCCACGCCCAGUCCUUGCCUCCCACCCCAUCAUCCUCUGAUGUUCCCACCAGUGAACCUGCGCCUCGUCCGGCUGGGAGGAUGGGGCGAGUGGGCAAGGAGGUGGCAUCCAAGAAGGUGUCUGAAGGGAAGUCUCCCCAGGAGCAGUCCCAGACCCAGGUUAAAAAAGAGGUCCAGGGAGAGCGCUUCUCCCUGAGGGCGCGGGAGCGGGCAGGUGGGCCAGUCACCAGAAGCCUUCAGUUGGCCAGCUUCGCAGGUCCUGUGGAGGUGAAGACAGAAGAGCUGUCCAGCCAAGAGCCCAAAGACCCUAAGGAGUCUCUGCAGAAAUGAGCCAUGAUUCCUAUUCAUCAUGAGUACAGCAGGGAGCAAGUGGAUAGGGCGGAGAUUCCCCAGAGAAUCACCGCUGAACAAACCUUCCCCUUCGAGGAAGACGUUGGCACGGGACAUGCUUAGUCACAAGAAAAAGUGACAGGAAUUGAACUCUGACUGCUUCCCCUCUCGUGUCUCGUUGGCUGCUGAGAAGUAGGCCUCUGACACUCAUCUUCCUAAUAGUCUGGACUAAGACAGUUUUGCUGAAAUAAAUAUACAAACUGUAAAUGACAAUGAGAAUAUAUAUAUAGAAAAAUAUAUAGAGAGAGAUAUAUAUUGUACAUUAGUACUUGACCCAAAACAUUGACAUUGGGGUUUCCGUUAUGGUUCAGAAGGUAAUCCUAUUGCAAAUGGCAAUCACGUAUCAGUUCCAAAACUGGUGUAGUCUCUGGUCUUUCUACUCCGUACUUCCUGUUUGCUAGGUGAGGUUUUCAUCAUUUGGACAAAUCUUGAUGCAUGUUCUGAGUAUACAGUGUAACUAGACGGGGCCCUGUUCUCUUUCUCUGCAUCCCAUAUUGUGGCCCACACCCACUUUAAUACCAUGAUUUACAAAUGAUUAUGUAUGUUUGAUUUUAAUCUCUAAAGAGAAUACAUUGUUGAGGGGUGGGCUGAAAAGAGCAUUUUUUUUUUCUAACUGCUACAUUGGUCCUCAGGAACAAGUGUGUGUGAGUUUGCAUAUGUAUGUGUACAUACAUGUUUUCUUACUGACAUAUUUUUGUCAUGUUUGUCAUUUGGCUUAUGUGUGUGACCUGCAGCUAGAAAAGGACAACUUGGACUGUUUUUAUAAAAGUAAAGGGGAAAGAUUGUUUUAGUUCCUAGUAGCAUACAGUACAGGGAAAAGGAUACACUGCCAUUUAUCCAUUCAUUCUUUUCAUUUUUGUGAACAUUUACAUUUUAAUGUGUCAUAAAUAAUAAGUAUAAUUAGCCCCAUCUUGUUGGAAAGCACUUUAAAAAGCAAUGUCUCUGCCAAAUUCUGGAUUGAUUUUGAUCUGUUUGAAACCUGAAAUGAUUUAUAGUUUUUAAAUGUGAACAAUGGAAUGUGUUAAAUUCUGUUGUGAAACCUGGUUGACCCCAGAGAAUAAGCAAGUCAGCAAUACAUUUCUUAACAUUUCACCAUUUAAGACCCUAGACGGACUACGUUCUGUCACUCGAUUUUAUAGAAAUGCAUUUACAAUCCAUUUAGGUGGGAGGAAGAGGGGGAGGUGCAGGGGUUGAUUUCAACGUUUAUUUUAUUUUUUAAGUUUCUUGCAGGGCCAGCCUUGUCCAGCUAUCAUGCUCAUGUAACUGACUACAGGUUGUUUCUGAGUCGAUCUUCCUGGUGGAGGUGAGAGGCCUCUGUUCCAGGUGGUCCUCCUGUGUGCUGGAGGGGAGCUCUCAGCGGUGUUUACAGUCAUCACUGCUUCCUCGGCCCUUCAGCACCAAUACGUAGGGCAGCCCACUCAAAUGCCUACAGCAUGUUGGAGGGAGUAAAUGUUAUUGAACAAUAUAUUAUAAAGCUAAUUUAUAUUUCCUUGGGAUGUUUUCAUCAUGUUUGUUUUGCCUUCCUGCGUCGAUAGUCUUGAUAAUUUUCUCCUCAGAUGAAAUUGAGCUGGUAUGUGUUUUGAGGAUGAUCAAAGUCAAAUAUCCUUGUUGACCUCGUAUGUAAAACACACUGUUGUAAUUUACAUAAUAAAUACUUUUUUCAAUUUG